ACAGAGGGUUAAAAAGUUCAAUAAAACAUAUACCCCAUGAGUGCCAUAUGUGAUUCAUGAUAGAAGUUAAGUCAUAAUGGCAGACAAAAACUAUGCAGCUGGUGGCAUAUAUGAUGAUAUACUGACCAUCAAAGGAACACCAACAAUUAACAAAGAUGAUCUUGGGGCACCAUUCCCUGUGCACAAUGUAAAUGGAUUCUUUUAUCCACAAGCGAUAAAACCAACAAUUCAUGACUAUAUGAAAGACUUAGAAGUAAGGGAUGAUGAUAUAUGGUUCUUCUCCUACCCAAGAUCAGGUCAGCACUGGACCUGGAAUAUUGUAUACAGGCUAACCCAUGAUCUAAAAGAGGCCCCAAAGGGUAUGGAGGAGUUUUGUAUGCCUGAGUUAGUAACACAUGAUGUCAUAAGUUCUGUACCUUCCCCCAGAAUUAUGAGAACACACCAGCUACCAAGUUCAAUUCCACAGACAGUAUGGAAGAAGAAAUGCAAAGCUAUCAACCUUGUGCGUCACCCAAAAGAUGUUGCGUAUAGUUUCUUUAAACACCAAACAACUCUACUUUCCUAUGGCUAUGAUGGCACGUGGGAAGGGUACCUGCCCAUGUGGCUAAGAGGAGAAGUUGCAUGGAAUGAUUGGUUCAAGCAUGUACAAGAGUACAAGAAACUAGCAGAAAAUGUUGACAUGUUAUUCCUUACUUACGAAGAAAUGAAAAAAGAUACACUUGGCACCAUAAAGAAGAUAGCUGAGUAUCUAGGUGUACGUUGGAGUGAAGAAGAUUACAAGCAAUUGAUCGAUGAAACACAUAUCAAUGUCAUACAAUCACGUAAUCAAACAUGGGAUGUCUAUGCAAGAGGAGGACAAGGGGCAGAUAUAAUGUUCAGAAAAGGGCAAGUUGGUGAAUGGAAACAACACUUCACUGUGGCACAGAAUGAGCUGUUCAACAAAGUCUACAAAGAACGAAUGAAGGGGAUGCCAUUUGUUUAUGAUGACUUGCUAGACUCCUAGAUGGACUUCAUUCCAGUAGUCAUAACUAAAUAGAGGCUUAGCUAUACUUUAUGAUCAUUUUAGAUCAGCAUAUUUACCCUUUAUUUGACAAACUAAAGUCUAUUUGAUUACACACAUCUUUUGUUGUAUUCAGUUUCCCAUAGUACUAAGAAUUGUUAUGUUCUUUUAAAAAGGUUAAUUAAAAAUACUAUUGUGAGGAAUAAAAAUGAUUUUGAAGAGAUGUA